UAUAUUUUUUUAUAAUUAAGUUAAAUCUAUAAAAACCGGUCCUAAUAGACCUUGUAACGAAGUGAAUAUUAUUGUUUAGUACUGUUUGUUACUAUUUCAAAGAAUGUUUGAUUAUAAAUAUUUAUCUAAAGAACAUUUAAAUGGAUUUAAUAAUUAUAAGUACAGAGCCAUCGACACAAGUCCUCUCAGUAAUUAUGUUAUGCAUCCUGUAUGGAACGCUACAGUAAAGAUUAUACCUAGAUGGCUUGCACCAAACCUGAUCACAUUCCUUGGAUUCAUCUGCGUGGUGGUUGUCGCAUUGCUGACUUCCUGGUACGACUACCAUUGGCUUGCAGCCGGUGGACCAGGGCAGCAGAACCUUAGAGGAUAUAUACCAAACUACGUGUUCACACUUAGUGCUGUUUUGAUAUUCCUCGCUUAUAAUUUAGACGGUAUAGACGGCAAACAGGCGCGCAGGCUGGGCGUGUCUGGACCUCUUGGGGAGAUGUUUGACCACGGCCUUGAUUCUUACAUUGUCUUCUUUAUACCGUUCUGUUUAUUCUCUGUGUUCGGUAGAGAUGAAUUUUCUAUACCAUUAUUUAGAGGUUACUUAAUAGUAGGCAGUAUUGUGCUUAAUUUUUACGUAUCGCAUUGUGAAAAAUAUAACACAAGAGUUCUCUAUCUACCAUGGGGAUAUGACAUCGCUAUGUGGGCAUCAUCCUUAUUAUUCUUAGUGGCCGGUAUCAAAGGGCCUGCAUAUUAUAAGAUGUUCAUAUUCCAUGAUGUAACAUUCGCUCAAGUUCUAGAAGUGGCAAUCCACGCAACUGGUCUGUUCACAACACUUCCAGUGUCUAUAUACAAUGUGUAUUUGUCAUACAAAAACGGCACGGGUAAGAAACUUUCGUUGCUAGAGGCUGUGCGUCCUGUAUGGUCGAUGACGUCAUUGGUGGUAGUAAUGACGUAUUGGGCACUAAACAGUGACGUCAUGGAAAACUACCCACGCGCCUUCCUGUUACUCUUUGGGACUUUGUUUAGUAACAUUGCUAGUCGUCUAAUAGUGUCAGAGAUGAGUGAACAAAAAUGUGAAGUCUUCAAUAGUCUUCUAUGGCCGCUGAUAGCAGCUGCUCUGAUGUCCAUAUACCAACCAGCGUUGCAGCACCUCCUGUUGCAUUCUGUUCUCCUGGUAGCAAUCCUCGCUCACUUACAUUACGGCAUCUGUGUGGUUCGACAAAUGUGUGACCAUUUUAAAGUUAAAUGUUUCAUUGUACCAAAAGAAAAGAGGAAAUAAAUUAAAAAAAAUCUAAUAUAAUUCGAUGUUUUUAUUAUUAUA